AUGGACUUAGCUACGGACUUAGCUAUGAUCGAGCAUGAGUUUGAAGACUUUGGUUUGGAGUUGCCCAAUCCGGCGCCUACAAAACACAUCUCAGUGCACGGGUCCUCAGUGGCCAUCACAGAGGAGACGACCAGGGACAAAAAUCACGCGAAGCNNNNGCUGUCACUGAAGUCGUCGAUGCUCCUCGCUGGUGCAGGUUCGGCCUCUCUGUCUAUGGCAUACUCUGCUGCUGAGUUCAUCGAUACUGUCAUCCGUGGUUUACAACAACAAGGAGGAGGAGACUCCCAGCAACAGAAGAAGGCCACGCCGUCUGCCUGCGCCUACGUCAACUGGCCUUAUCAAGGGUGUGAGUUCUUCGCCCAGGUUACCAAAUUUGGUCCCGAGGGUAUCGAAGGUGUACAGCCGAUCGACAACUUAAGUCCAUUUGAAGAAAAGAGGAUGGUCGAAACUGUCAAUAAGGUGAAGGGAGAUGUGGAGAAAGGUAUGGCUUACGUUGAGGCCCACCAGAAUUAA